AUGGGCUCAGUGCAAGAAGACAAACAGCUAAACCAUAUCCUUGUCGAUUGGACAUUCAAGAAUCGACCAAUGAUUGUUUGUUGCUUGUUAUAUUUCCAUGAUUUUCCUAAUAGACUUAACUAUAUCCACAGCUCGUCUUGGUUAUACCCGGCUUUGCGCUAUUCAGUGGGUUUUCAGUCCGAUACCGAGUUCGCGCUAUUCGAUUUCGAUUCAUAUUCCGAAUACUACAAUUGGCGUCGCAACAUGGAUUUGCGCACUAUCGAAUCCCUGAAACUGCAUUCACAUCUGUCUGAGAUUGAAGAAUGGAUCGAACGUUUCCAGCUCUGGUGCAGCCUAAGGCAGAACGGAAAACAGGAUCAAUCCACACUAUUUCUCACGGUUGGUGGAGAAGAAAUGUAUUUUUUGCUGAAGAAUUUCGCUUUCCCCGACAAUCCGGUCAAGCUACCAUUCCCGAUAGUGAAACGAUUGCUUCUUUCCCACUUGAUUCUUGUUGAUUUCCAAGCUGAUGAGAUGGCACAAUUCAAUUUGUUGGUUCGUGCAGAGUCAAUGUUCUGUCGAGAUUUCAUCCUGUUGCUCAACAAACAGGCUUCCAAGUGUAAUUAUGAAAACAGACUGGAGGAGCAAUUGUGUGAUCGCCUUUUUGUAGGCAUUAACAAUGUGAAUCUUCAGAGAAAGUUGCUGAAAAAAAGGAUCUAA